AUGCUGGCAUGUCGCGGUAGGGUAGGCAUCUGCUUCCUACGCUUAGCAUCGCCUCUUAUGGUGGCAAAAUCUGGCGUCGAAGCAUACGAUACGCUGGUUGCAUCAGCUGCGAAAGAUGCAAGGCUACUCAUAUCCUCAAAAAGAUUCUUCGCUGACAAAGGUAAGCGAGGAAAGCGGAAGUUUGCCGAGCCGGUAGUCGUGAAACAUACAAAAAGUACUAAACCAGUAGUGGACGUCUAUAGCGAUAUGACAGCGAUAGAGCUAUCAGAAGCUUUAAAUGUUGAGUUAGAUGCAGUAGUCGAAGCAUUGGUUGAGCUGGAUAAGCUGAAUCUGGAUUUAGUAGCUGAUGGUAAGCCACUGGAUCAGGAUCAUGUUCUAAAGAUAGUUGCACUAUUCAAUUGCAAACCAAGGUUGGCAAUUCGCCACCUGAAGAAGAAUGAGGGAGAGGCGGAAGACGUAUUGCCGCAACCCCCACCAGAUCCAAAAGAUUGCGUUAAGAGGCCUCCAAUAGUAACUAUUAUGGGUCAUGUUGAUCACGGAAAAACUACAUUGUUGGAUGCUCUUCGAAACAGUCAUAUUGUGGAUGGUGAAUUCGGUGGAAUCACUCAACACAUAGGAGCAUUUUCUGUUGAUCUCAGAGGCGUGGGUCGUCGCGUGACGUUCCUGGACACACCGGGUCAUGCCGCUUUCGCAGCGAUGCGAGCUCGAGGAGCAAAAGGCGCCGAUAUUGUAGUACUAGUAGUUGCUGCGGAUGAUGGGGUGAAGGAGCAAACUAUCCAAAGUAUCAAGUUCGCUCAGUCUGCUGGUGUUCCCAUUGUCGUUGCAAUCAAUAAAUGCGACAAGCCAACUGCAGAUCCGAUGCGUGCCAAACGCUCAUUGCUAGAGCAUAACAUUGUUCCUGAAGAUUUGGGAGGAGAUGUUCAAUGCGUUGAGAUAUCGGCAUUACACGCUAAAAAUCUACCAGCUUUACAGGAAGCUCUGCUGACCCAAGCAGAAAUGAUGGAUCUGAAAAGCACCGAGAAAGGAUUGGCAGAAGGCAUUGUGAUCGAGUCUUCAGUUAUACAGGGUCUAGGAAAAGUGUGCACAAUAGUUAUGACGCGAGGGAUUCUACGAAAAAGUGCUAUUCUCGUUGCUGGAAAAGCGUGGAGCAAAGUACGCACAAUGACAAACGAAAGUGGCAAAGAUUUGCAGGAAGCUGGCCCAAGCACCCCUGUCAGGAUAUCUGGUUGGAGAGAGGAUCUUCCAAACCCUGGUGAAAUUAUUCUAGAAGUUUCGUGUGUAGAUCGUGCUCACCGUGCCAUUAAAUUCCGUACUGAAAGAGAAAUGGCGGGAAAAGCGGAAAAGGAUAGGAAAGCCAUAGAAGAACAGCGCAUGGAAGAACGCGCGAAAUACUUGGCAAAUCGGCAAAAGAUGUUAGAUGCGGGAUACCGUUAUGGGUCUACCUUACGGCGAGUUGUUCACAAGGAACACAUGCUUGAAAAAUCCACUGAAGAUGAUUUUCCAAAAUUGCGACUUAUGCUGCGAACAGAUGUCGAAGGAACACUGGAAGCCAUUUUGAAUGUCACAGAAACCUACGCUAGCGAAAAAUGCAAAUUCCAAGUUGUGGAGUUUGGAGUGGGGCCACCAACUAAUAUGGACGUGGAAAUUGCAAAGGAAACGGGAGCUGUGAUCUACCUCUUCAAUGUACAGCCAUCAGCAGCAAUAAAACAACAAGCCGAGCGUGAUGGUGUUCGAAUAGAACAGUUUAACGUCAUUUACCGCCUUGUUGAGUCAUUAAAAAACGAACUUUCAUCACAACUACCGAGGUUAAUGGAAAUGGAACUUGUGGGAGAGGGACACGUUCUGAAGGAAUUCCUCAUCUCAGACCGGGCUCGAAAGAAACAACCGAUCGCUGGAGUACUAGUUGACUGGGGAAAUUUCCAGCGGGAUUGCAUAUUCAAAUUUAUACGAGGUGGAAACGUUAUUUAUGAAGGAGGAGUGGAGUCGAUGAAGCACCAAGCGGAGCUAGUCUCGACUGCAACGACAAAUACCGAAGUUGGUAUCGCAUUGGAAGAUAAAAGUAUUCGGUUCAAAGAGGACGACACUGUGGAGGUUUACAAGAAGAAACAAGUGCCACAAACGAUUGACUGGUACCCGCCCGGAUUCUAA